AUGGCCAAACCCGGGCUGGGGCCGGACCCCGGGGGCGUCGCCGCAGCCGCGGUGCUGAAACGGGCGGUGGAGCUGGACGCCGAGUCCAGGUACCAGCAGGCUCUGGUGUGCUACCAGGAGGGGAUCGACCUGCUGCUGCAGGUUCUCAAAGGCACCAAAGAUGAUACAAAGAAAUGUAAUCUCAGAAAAAAAAUUUCUGACUACAUGGAUAGAGCAGAAAACAUAAAGAAAUACUUGGACCAAGAAAAAGAAGAUGGAAAGUAUCACAAGCAAAUUAAAAUAGAGGAGAAUGCAACAGGAUUCAGUUAUGAAUCAGUUUUUCAAGAAUACCUUAAUGAGACAGUGAGAGAAGUUUGGAUAGAAGAUCCUUAUAUAAGAACUAAUCAUCAGCUGUAUAACUUUCUUCGGUUUUGUGAGAUGCUUAUCAAGAAGCCAUGUAAAGUACAAACGAUUCAUCUUUUGACCUCCCUGGAUGAAGGCGGUGGGAGAGGGCAGCAAAUUAGUGGCCUGGAAGAAAUAAAAGCAUCACUGAGGAAUCAUGGAGUGCUGUUGGAAUUAGAAUAUUCUUCUUCCAUACAUGACCGAGAAAUCAGGUUCAACAAUGGAUGGAUGAUUAAGAUUGGAAGGGGACUGGAUUAUUUUAAGAGACCACAGGGUCGUUUUUCCCUUGGAUAUUGUGAUUUGGAUUUAAGACCAUGUCAUGAAACAACAGUGGACAUUUUUCAUAACAGGCACACAAAAAAAAUAUGA